ACGACAAAUUGCCGCGACUACUGCUUAGAAAUUAUAUGUAUUUAAUAAAAAAUAAUCAUUCGGAACUUAAUUUAUUACAUAUUAUUAUGAAAGUUUAAGCAUUUUGAAGAGGAAAAUAUGAUUGGUUUCAAUCGAUAUUAUAGAUCUCAAAAAGUGAAGUUUGUCGUUUAUGACUCAUACCCAAAUUGGGCCUACGAAAUAGAGAUAAUGGGAAACCUUUAUGUCCAACUAUAAUUAUAAAAUGUUUUGUACAUUACAUACAAUACAUUGUGUGAUUAAGAUUUCGAACAAUUUUUUUGAGUGUACUUUUAACGACUCUUACAGACAUGGACUGUCAAAUCCAACCAGGUCACGUCAAACAGCUAGUUCACUUUUUUGAGUCACAAGCUAGGCGUGAGAAAGAGACUAGACUGACUCUACGUUCCAACUCCCAGGGAUCACAGAGUGACAAAAAAGAAAAUAGGCCGGCACAUAUAAUCAGACGACCUGAUGGUGAAAACACUGCUCGACCAUCACCAUUGACGACGAUUUCAAACCUGAUAAAACCAUGUGUUCAACAAGGCCACUUUAACGAGGAGACUCUGUUCUCUGCAAUAUCUAAAAUAAUAACAGAUAAGCUGGACAGACUUUAUUCCGAACGCUGCACACUAUUGCAAGUUGUACCCCUCGUAUCACCAAAUAAUGAAAAAAUUCCAUUGGAUAUUGGUGCUCCUGGUCAUAUUUGUUUUAAAGCUGCUGAAAUGCCAGCCUCUUCAUCAUCACAACACGUCUCUCCUAAAUUGUCUAGACAAGUAAACAGACCGCGACGGGCUUCAAAAAUACCUAUUAGGAUUUCAGGAAAUAAAAACCUAAAGAAUAGUAAAUCUACGACGAAAUCACAGCUAUUUGAAUCUACUAAAAGACAUAACGAUUCAACAGAUGUGAAUAUGCGUCGUCACACUAUACGAUUCGAUGAAGAUGUGUCAUUACAUUAUUAUAACUCUCAAUCGCCCAUCGUACAUAAAAUACCCAGUUGUAGACAUAAAAAAACAUUAAAAAUCCCCCUUAAAGGUCAUGAUGAUAAUUCAGACGGACUCUUAUGAUUAUUCAUUACAAUAUUCUACUUUGUUGUUAAGUUUUAAGGAACUACUGCAGCAGUUCGGAACGUAUUCUUUGAGAAUUCAAAUGAUGCUAAAAAUUAGACAUAAAGAUUUUAUGUUUAAAAUAAAUCUUUUACAAUUUCUGUUAUAAAUAUUAAGUGUGUAGUUUAAUGAUAUAGUGUAAUCAGAAUAGUUAUACACGCAGGCGUUAAUUAUAAAAUAUGUAUGUAAUAUUUACCUCAAUGGUACACAAUUAUCGUUGAAAUAACUUCAUACAUUUAUACUAACGUAGGUAAUCUGCAAUGUUUUGGCAAUUAUAUUCUUUUCUACAUUUUGGUGGUAAAAUUAUUUUACACACAAGAAAAUUAUUUCUUAUGGUCGGAGUAUAAUAUUAAUGAUUUUUAUAUAUUAUAUGUAUGUUUUUUUAAAUAGGGUUUAUGUAAAAUAUUAUUGAAUUUUUAUUUUAAAUGAAAUACUACUUGUUACUCAGAAAUAAAAUC